UUGCUGCCCCCUUGCAUAUAACAACCUUGUGCCUAAAAUCGUUCUGUAUUUUGUUUGUUUGUUUAAUUGCUUGAACCCAAGCUUUGUUGGGGCUUCUCCGCAUAAGUGUACAUCGCAUUUUGUAUUUUAUAUUGAAUGAAACAGUCUCCGCAGUAAACCAUCAACCAGUUUUACGUGUGUUAAUUCCAUGGCCAAACGGAGCAAGUGACCAGAAACACAACUCGCACUCUAGCAAAAGCGUCAUUCAUUGCAGCUCACGACACGACGCUUCAUCAAGGCAAGACACACCUAAUCACGAACGGUGACUACAAGCAUGGCCACGUUAGACGAUAAACUACUGGGGGAGAAGCUGGAAAACUAUUGCAGCAGCAGCGAAGAUGAAGCAGCCGACGAUGAUUGCGAUUCGAGCGAAGCAUCUGGUACGGGAAAGUCCGCCGGCAAGCAGGGCUCAUCGUCAUCCAAGUCCCAGUUUCGUAGCGUGGCCGACAUGGAGCAACCCACACUGACGCAGAACAAAACGCACUGGACAGGAACGACGGGCAAUACGGGCCCGAAGGGAGUGAUACAGGACUGGCAGCGGUUCAAGCAGCUGGAAGCGGAACGACGCGAACAGGACGAGGCGGAAAAGCUGCGCUUGCUCAAGAAGCUCAGCAUUACGGCACGCACCAAGGAGGAGGACAAAGCGGCCGAAACGAUGAGCGAGCUGGACGCCGAGUUUCAGGAGCUGAUGGAUGAAGAUUUUCUGCUGGAAUACCAGCGCAAACGUAUGGCCGAAAUGCUUGCCUUGAUGGACAAAAAGGGUUGCUACGGGGAGCUGAUCCAUCUGAAGGAUGGGGGCGAUUUUUUGCAAGCCGUCGACAAGGAAGAUAAAAACACGACCGUUGUGAUACAUAUCUACCGUGAAAAGUAUGGCCCGUGCGUGAAGAUGAACGAGGCGCUCACCACACUGGCGAAAGAGUACACGAACGUAAAGUUUUGCAAAUUUGUCAGCAGUGAUGCUGGCCUCAGCAACAUGUUUAAAGCUUCCGGCGUACCGGCACUGCUGAUCUACAAGGGUGGCCAAAUGAUCGGGAACUUUGUGAAACUGGUCGAUGAUCUGAGCGACGAGUUUGAUUUUAGCGAUGUCGAGAGCUUCCUGGUGGAGAACGGCAUCAUCAACGACAAGUCCUGCAAACCGACCAUCGUUGAGCAGAAAUAGGAACCGAGAGAGAAAAAGAGAUCUCAUUUUACUUAUGCAAGGGACGGCACGUACGCUGCUUUGCGAGGACAACUUAUAAAUAUUUUUUUUAUUAAAAAACAAGGCAAAUAGUUAUUUUAUGCCGCGCAUACAUACAUUAAAAUCAUUACUUGCUGACGCGCAUUAUCUUAAUCAUUAUUAAUGGAUAAAAUAGCUUUUAGUGCGUUGUGGUUUUCUUUUUCGCCCGUUUAAUUUCUAUUCUAAACGAUUGAAGCAAUGCAAGCCUGUCGCUGUUUAGUAUUUUGGAAUAAGGCACGAACCAAGUGUUUGAUUUCUUCCGCGCUAAAGCACAUCGUCAGCGGACCCUUUCCUUCGGCCCACAGUUCCGUGAUUUCUACCAGUGAGCCGCACAGUAUCUGCCGCAGCUGUAACAAUUUCGUCCACUGUUUGACGAGCUGGUGAAUCUCGCUUUGUUCCUGCAACAUGCAUUCAACAAUAAAAAGAGAAUAAUGAAAAAACUGCCAACAACAGCAUUA